AAUAAGUCCAUCCAUGAAAUUUCCUUGCUACUAAAUAUUCCAUGGUCAACUGUUAGUGGUAUUAUAACAAAGUGGAAGCAACUGGGAACAACAGCAACUCAGCCACAAAGUAGUAGGCCAUAUAAAAUGACAGAGCGGGGGCAGCACAUGCUGAACCACACAGUGCUCAGAAGUCGGCAACUGUCUGCAGAGUCAAAAGCUAAAGACCUCAAAACUUUGUGUGGUCUUCAAAAGAGCUUCAUCGAAUGGGUUUUCAUGGCCGAGCAGCUGCAUCCAAGCCUUACAUCACCAAGUGCAAUGCAAAGCGAUGCAGUGGUGUAAAGCAUGCCGCCACUGGACUCUAG